AAUAUUAUUGAAUUCUUUAAAUCUGAUUUCAAGGAAGAGGAACGAAUUGUCACAGAAGAAAUUUUCUCCCUCAAAGCUAAAUUAAAUAAUCCCGACAUCUCAUCUACCAAAACUAAGGAUUAUAUAACGAGACUGAUCUAUUGCGAUAUGCUUGGUUAUAAUGUGGAGUUUGGUCACAUUCAUGCCGUUAAAUUAGCUCAAAGUGCCAAGGGAUUAUGGGACAAACGAGUUGAUCCAGAAGUGCUAGGCGUGAUAUUAUGUCUUUUUUUGGAUUUUGUCAAGGCUGACCCAAAUAAAUAUAAAGAUCUUGUGCCAGUUUUGGCAAACAUUUUGGAACAAGUUCUUGACAAAUGGUUGCCCCGAAGUUACGACUAUCACGGUGUGCCUGCACCGUGGAUACAGUUAAAAAUAAUAGAAAUCAUGGGCUUACUGGCUAAGGAUGAUGAAAAGAUAAGCCUGGAAGUUGGACCCCAUAUUGUCCAUACACUUAAAAAAGCUGAAAAUGGAGUAGAUGCUGCAUUUGCAAUAAUAUUUGAAUGUAUAAGAUCUAUAUCACUGCUACAUCCACAAGCCUUAUCAAAAAUAGUUAACAAAUCACCGCAUAUUAAUCCACUUAACGUGAUAACCAGAUUUUUGAAGUCUCAUAACCAUAAUCUUAAGUAUUUGGGUCUGAUUGCAUUAUCGGAGGUGGAUACAAUCUGGUGGGCAGAAGGCCAAUGGUGGGGUGAAGAUCAAAUGAAUGUGAUUGUGGAAUGUUUGGAAGAGAAGGAUGAUACUUUGAAAAGGAAGACACUAGAUCUGCUCUACAAGAUGGUUAAUCCGCAAAAUGUUGUCGUCAUUGUGGAAAAUAUGAUUAAUGCUUUGCGCAGCACGUCAUCAACUGAUGAAUUAUCGCGAAAAUUACUAGUUAAUAGGAUUGUCGAAUUGUUAGGUGAAUUUUCUGAUUGCUGUGAUGCUCAAGAGAAAAUUAUGGAGAAGAUAUGUAGGCUUCUUGUAAGGGAAAAUGACUUAAACUUGUUGAAUAAUAUCAUCGAGAAGUCCGCCAUGGAAGUUGAUCUUGUGGCAGAUGAAUCGUUAUCAUUUUUAAAUGACUUCGUCGAAAAUGCUCUGAAGAAUGGAGCGAAACCAUAUAAUCCUAUACCAAUCGUUCACGAAAAACCAAAAACAAUAACAGAAAUAAGAUAUGAGGCUUAUGAGAAACCUGAUCUUAAAUAUUCUACAAAAUCAUUACCAAUUGACCAUCCACAUUACGCAGAUACAAGAUUGUUUCAAGCUGAGAAGAAUGCAUUGUCUUCUGGUAGUGGUUGGCCUGCUGGCUCUACAAUGACUCCCGGUCAAUUAGCUUGGCUAGGUGUUACUCAUGACCCCGCAAAUUCGCCGAGCAUUUCUCAAGACCAUUCUUAUGUCCACAGUAAAAAGAUACGCUCGUAUGAGCAUUCAGUUAGUGGCUCACAAGAGAAUUUGCUCGAAUAUGAUGAUAGUUAUGAUGUCAGGUAG